CGCGGUCUAAAGCGAUCGGUAUUAUUUUCUUAUUUUCUGCAGACGAAAAUUUACAUCACGGAGAGCAACUACGAAGUGUACAGUCUACUCAAGCUCAGGCUCAAGCUUAAGCUCUAAAAAUGACGGAUGUAUGUGUGAAUAAAGCCAGACGUAAUGGGAAACUUUUCGGAACAAACUGAGUUGAUGCACACUGCAGGGUGUAGCCACCCAGUUAUGUGUUCUGGAAAUCCCAUGUGUUUCAUUUUUCCAAUUAAGUACUCAUGCGGAAUAGUGUCGAACGCUUUGGAACCUGGUUCCUGUUCUGGACUUCAUCAAAUAGAACGCGAGUGUAACAGAUUAGGUAUGUUGUGGUUGAUCUGUGCUGUACAAAUCCGUGUUGUUCUUCUGAUAUCAGCGAGGGCGCAGCUCUAUACAGUAUGAUUCAUGGUUUCAAAAGCCUUGCGAAGUGAGCAUAGGAUCGAUAUUCCACGGUAAUUUUCGACGCGAUGAGUACUGCCCGAUUUGUGGAUCGGAACAAUUCGAGCUGCUUUCCAAACCUUCAGAAAUGUCUUCUCAACGAGUGACCUAUUGAAUAGACAAGCAACAGGAAAAGCCAAUGAGGAGGCACAACGCUUGAGAAGUAGCGGUGGCAGUCCAUCAACUUCAGCUCCCUUGGACACAUCAAUAUUCUCGAGCGCUUUUCGGACUACCUCGAGUGAAAAUGUGAUUGAGGGAACAUUUAUGUCGUACGUUGGAAUAUGCCGAAAUCAUCCUGGAUACAUCUCGGGCAUCGCUGUGCUAAAAACACUCUGGAAGAAGUUGGCGAAGAGAUGGGCUGCAUCGCUAGCCGAACUAGUAGUUGAUCCGUUGAAUUCCAUAUUGGGUGGUAUCCUUGUAUUCGUUUUCAGUAACCUCAUAUACUUCCAGAAGAAUGCCAGAUUUUGCUUCAGAUUCUGCUGAACUCUGUGCAUAUAUAUUCUGUGGGCUUCAGCGAGAAGAUCCGUGUAUGCUAUUUCUAUGUUACGAAGGGUGAUACAGUCAGCCGUGGUUCUCGACUUGAAAUAGCGUUUUCUUGUAUUCAGAAGCACAUUCCUCAUAUGACGAAGAUCAGCAGUCCACCAGGGCUUUCGCAUUGAUACGUCAGGCUUACGUCGUACACGCGGGACAUGCACAUCGAAUACUUCAAAUAGUUUACCGUAGAAGGUUGAUACAACUGAAUCUACCGAGUUACCAAGGUGGCUUGCCAAUGGAGAGAAGCAAUAGCGUUAUUUAAUGACUCGAAGUUACAGCGUCUGAAGUUCAUAGUCGUCAUAUCGGUUUGUGUUGUUUUGUAACUCACCGCUGCGAACGCCAAGCAAAACGAUGAACGGCUUAUGAUGAGGGUCAGCUGUUAGAAGAGGUUGAGAAGGUUCAAUUAUAUCCAUGUCGUCUGGUGUAUUGACGAAUGCUCAAAUGGCGAGUUUCGGUAGAAGUACUAGCAAAUUUAUACUAAUAGGCAAUUAUAAAGGAUCAAUUAGAACGUUGAACGUUCGCUUAUUAAGAAAACGUGAAUGUUUGAAAGUAUUCAUAACAAAAAUCCCUUCUGGGCAGGACGAAGUUUACCGGGUCAGCUAGUAUUACUAUAAAAAGUAUGGUGCUCAAAGCAAUUAGCUGGAAUGAAUUGAUUACCUGUUUCCUUCACGUUGAAGUAGUGAGCGAUGUGUAUUCGGGUAUUAAACUCCAUUCAUAGAUUCGGGCCGCUAUCGGUACUGAACAUUAAAAAGCCUAAUAGAAAAAUAGCAAGCACACCACCGUUAACAACAGUACACUUAUAAAUUUUCACAUUAGCAAUUAACAGCACGGGAAAUUGAUAACACCUGAAAUAGGUACGUAGUACGUUUCGAUAGAAUUUUCCAAUCAAAUACUACCAAGAUAGUCUCGCAAUUAAAAAUGCUUGGUUCUUUCGGGUGUCACAAAUGCUCAAACUGAUAUGAACUCGCGUGUAAAUGCGUUGCAACGAUAGUAUUGCAGCAAACUUCAAACCAUUAAGUCGAAUCUGAGACGGCGAACAUGAUUCUAUUGUAUGUUUUGGUAGUUGCAUGUCUAAUUGCAUUCGCUGUUUCCGAAUCUCCUGGACAACCUCGCAUCAUCAACGGCAAGGAUGCCGAACUUGGUCAGUUUCCCUAUCAGGCUAUGCUGAAAAUAGCAACACCCAGAGGCAACGCGCUUUGCGGAGGAAGUCUUCUGAGCGAUGAGUGGGUUCUGACCGCAGGACAUUGUGUAGAAAAUGCCAGCUCUUUUGAGGUAACUUUGGGCGCGGUUGAUUUCAAGGAUCAAGGGAACGACGAGCGGGUGGUUAUGAAUUCUACGGAGUACACACGACACGAGCAAUAUCAGGCGGGAUCCGCGACAAACGAUAUUGCUCUAAUAAGGCUUCCACAGAAAGUGCAGCUCAGUGAUCGAAUUCAACCGGUGAAACUCCCCUCCGGCCACGAUGACUACAAUCGGCGACAAGCCAUUGUUAGUGGUUGGGGCAAAGAAAACGACUGGGGCGGAGCGGCGGACAAAUUGCAAUAUACCCAACUUACAGUGAUUCGAAACACGGAGUGCAAGUUGUUCUAUGGGAUGAGUACGAUAAAACCAACAACACUGUGCUGCAAGGGUGAUACACAGCAAUCGACGUGUAACGGAGACUCCGGAGGUCCGCUGGUGCUGAAGGACGACAAAACGCUCAUAGGGGUGGUGAGUUUCGGUCAUGUCAUUGGUUGCCAAAAAAUGCUCCCAGUUGCCUUCGGUAGAGUCACUGAAUUCGCGGAUUGGAUCAGAGAAAAGACCGGCAUUCCAGCGCAGGAAGGCGAUUCGUAAUCGUGGGCGUUGUGGACGUUUCUCAUAUUUCCGAACGUUGAUGAUUGUCUAGUUGACUUUGCUAUAAUUAAUUUUAUUCAUUUUUCUCGAUUUUAGCG